GAAUAUUCACAGUGUUGUCGCUUUCUAUGCGGACGUAGCGUUCUGUUUGCGCUCUAUUAUUUUAAUUUACAACAAUUUAAGGAUAACCAGGACACCAUGCAGCGGAGUAUCGCAUCCUUCUUUCAGCCCAAAACUAAAGAAAAGAAAUCGGCUGAUGAAGCAGUGAAAAAGCCGGUGAAGAGUCCUCUGAAGGUGCACAACGGGGCUCAUGAGGAAGAUUCUCCGGUGAAAAAAACUCCCAAACGCAGCCGUCAGAUCCUGGACAGUGACGAAGACGAAGCUCCAGAAAACCAGGUCUUAGCUGUAAAGGGGAGAGAGAAGAAGGAGAAGAACGUAGAACGGGAGGAGGCAGGGAAGGCUGAGGAUGAAGUUUUGAAAGCAGCCCCCACCCCCAAGUCUCCUCCCCCGACCCCCGUCAGCCCUGGGACCCCAGCCACCCCUGCACCUGUCUCUGCACCUGUCUCUACACCCGUCUCUACACCUGCCACUCCAGCGCUGUCCGCCUCCUCUGGGACGCCCUCCACCCCAAACUCCAUAUCUCCAUCAGGAAUCGUCAAACGCAAAACCGCGAGGAAGAUGUUCCCCAAGAGGAAGUUGAACGAGAGCUGCAGUGAGAAUCAAGAAAAAGACGAUUCGGAGGAGAAGGACGGCGCAGGUCAUCAAAACAAACGCGCCCGGGUGGAGAACGAAGCUAGUGCAGCAGGUAGCGCUGAUGAACCAAUGGAACAGGAGACGAAGCAGGACAGCUGUGAAAACUCUGUUACCACCAAAUGCACCGUCGCAAAUGAGCAACUCGAGUCUGAAAAGGCCAAAGAGGAAGCCAUCCAAGAAGCGUCUACAAAAACAGAAAAGAUUUAUGAUGAUGAGAAGCCAACCACUGUCACUGCGGCGGAAAAAAUUGAGACAAAAAUGGCUGAAAAGGACGAAGAAAGCCCCAAAAGUCAAGCUGAGAAUACACAAGGAGAUAAGGAGCCCGCCAAGAAACCAGCAAUCAGCAGUUUCUUUGCGCCCAGAAAAACAGCGGCAGCAGCAGUGACGGUGAAAACAGAGAAAGUGGAGCCAGGUGAAGAAAAGAAGAUGCCGAGGAAGAGUUUGGGAGAGGACAAUAAAAGAGAGGCAACAUCGGGACAAACUGACUACGAUCCUUCAAGAGCAAACUACCACCCCAUAAAUGAUGCCUGUUGGAAGCACGGCCAAAAAGUGCCGUAUCUGGCCGUGGCUCGCACCUUUGAAAGAAUAGAAGAGGAUUCAGGCAGGCUCAGAAACAUCGAGACACUGUCCAAUUUCUUCCGCUCUGUGCUGCUGCUCUCUCCAGAAGACCUGCUGUGUUGUGUGUACCUGUGCUUAAACCAGCUGGGCCCCGCCUACCUCGGGAUGGAGCUGGGGGUGGGAGAGACGGUGCUCAUGAAGGCCGUGGCUCAGGCGACAGGUCGUCAGUUGGAUAAAAUCAAAGCAGAGGCUCAGGAGAGAGGGGACUUGGGUCUGGUGGCUGAGAGCUCUCGGAGUAACCAGAGGAUGAUGUUCCAACCGGCCAGCCUGACUGCGGGCGGCGUGUUCAAGAAACUCAAAGAAAUCGCAGCCAUGAGCGGCAAUUCUGCCAUGAAUAAGAAAAUCGACAUCAUCAAAGGGCUUUUCGUGGCGUGUCGUUUUUCUGAAGCGCGCUACAUCGUCAGGUCGCUGGCUGGGAAACUAAGAAUAGGCCUGGCGGAGCUGAGCGUCCUGUCUGCAUUAAGCCAAGCCGUGUGUCUGACCCCACCUGGACAAGAUUUCCCUCCUGCUGUGAUUGACUCAGGCAAAGGCAUGAACACCGACAGCAAACGGGCCUGGAUCGAAGAAAAAACCCUGAUUCUCAAACAGACCUAUUGUGAAAUGCCCAAUUACGACGUGCUGAUUCCGGUUCUGCUGAAGGAGGGCAUCGAUGAACUCCCCAAACACUGCAAACUCACUCCAGGAGUCCCUCUCAGGCCGAUGUUGGCUCAUCCGACCAAAGGAGUGGGAGAGGUCAUGAAGAAGUUUGAUGAAGCUGCCUUCACCUGCGAGUACAAGUACGACGGAGAGAGGGCUCAGAUUCACAUCCUGGAGAAUGGAGACGUGCGCAUUUUCAGUCGUAACCAAGAAGACAACACUACCAAGUACCCCGACAUCAUCUCACGCAUCCCAAAGGUGAAAAAGGAGUCGGUGGUAUCGUGUGUGCUGGAUUCUGAAGCUGUGGCCUGGGACAGAGAGAAGAAGCAGAUCCAACCGUUUCAGGUGCUCACCACAAGAAAGAGAAAGGACGUCGAUGCCUCUGAAAUCAAAGUUCAAGUUUGUGUUUACGCCUUUGACCUUCUGUUUCUGAAUGGAGAGUCUUUGGUGAAGCAGCCUCUGUCUCGACGAAGGGCUCUGCUCCAUGAGAGUUUUUCUGAAGUGGAAGGAGAGUUUGUUUUUGCCAAAUCUAUCGACUCGAACAACACAGACACCAUCGCCGAGUUCCUGGAGCAGUCCGUGAAAGAUUCCUGUGAGGGUCUGAUGGUUAAGACUCUGGAGAAGGACGCCACUUAUGAAAUCGCCAAGAGGUCUCACAACUGGCUCAAGCUGAAGAAGGAUUACCUGGAUGGCGUUGGUGACACUGUAGACCUGUGUGUGAUCGGAGCGUACCUCGGGAAAGGCAAGAGGACCGGGACGUAUGGAGGAUUCCUAUUGGCCUGUUACGAUGAGGAGAACGAGGAAUUUCAGUCUGUUUGCAAGAUCGGGACUGGGUUCAAAGAUGAAGACCUGGAGCAGCACUACAAGUUUCUGAAGGAGCACAUUUUGCUUAAGCCCAGAGCGUACUUCCGGUUCGACACCUCCGCUGAGCCCGAUGUGUGGCUGGACGCUGUGCAGGUUUGGGAGGUCAAGUGCGCCGACCUCUCCCUGUCUCCAGUCUACAAGGCCGGACUGGGACUGGUGGAUCCAGAAAAGGGAAUUUCUUUAAGAUUCCCUCGUUUCCUCCGAAUCCGAGACGACAAGAAGCCUGAGGACGCCACCACUGGAUCACAGAUUGCAGAUUUGUACAGGAAGCAGCAGCAGAUCCAGAAUCAGGGAGAGAAGGCGGACCCAGAGGAUUACUACUGAUGCCCUCCCCGCCGCGCCCAUAGUAAUGACACCAAUCAGUGUAAUUGUAAAUAGCUACAAUGUGUUUGUAAUGCUGAUGAAAAUAAAGAGCAGUUUUAAGAUU